AUGGACGCGGAAGCAGCCGCGGCAGGGGGUGAAACUGGCAGCGCGGCGGCCGCUCCGCCGUCUUGGGUUGCAGGGCCCGGCGGCGAGGCGGGCGGCGAGCAGGCGGAGCGGCGGUGGUUCAGGACUGGCGACUUGGGGCGCCUGCUGCCGGAUGGGUCCCUGCUGAUCCUGGGCCGCGCCGACCACCUGCAAGCCAAGGUCGGCGGCGUUAGGGUCGACCUCCUGGCCGUCGAGCGCUUUCUUGCCACCCAGACCGGCGUGGCGGCCGCCGCCGCACGUGUGUGGCCGCACCCGAGGCGGCGUCAGGACUCGCUGCUGGCCGCCUACGUGGUGGGGGACCAGGGGAAUGAGGUGCUGCUGGAAGUGCAGCAGCAGGAGCAGCAGCAGCAGCAGCAGCAGCAGCUGACAGAGGGUGAGGCGAACGAGGGUGCAGACACAAACGCCGCAGCACCAGUCCAGCUCGUCGCCGGUCUCAGGGCAGCGGCGGCGGCCUCCCUUCCGUCCGCCGCUCGUCCCGCCGUGUAUAUCCUGUUGGACAGCCUGCCGCGGUCGGCUGCCGGCAAGGUGCUGCGCGGGCAGCUUCCGCCUCCCGCCUCUGCUGGUGGUGUCGCUGAUGCUGCAGCCGGCCGUGCAUCGACGGGCAUGCCUGCAGCUACAGCCGCUCUUGUCGGCGAGCAGCCACGCCCGGCACCUGCCACGGCCGCUGACGGCAGCCUGCUGGUACCACUGGCGCCGCCACAGCAUGCGAGGCCGGCCCCCUCAGAGUCGCAGGUGAUGGUAGCUUUUGCAGCUGCGCUUGGCGCCGCACAGGCUGUCUCACUCGAGGCCACUUCUGACUUCUUCUCACAUGGCGGCGGCGACUCGUUGGCAGCGGCCAAGGCGGCAGCUGGGCUAGGGAUUGACGUUCGGCUGGUGUUUGCAUACCCCAGCGCGCGCUCGCUCGCAGCGGCGCUACGGCUGCAGCGGCAGGCAGCGGUUGCUAGUGCAGGGGCAGCACGCCACGGCGGCAAUGAAGGUCCAGGGCAGGCGGCAGAUCAGGUGGAGGAGGAGGGCCUUGUGCCAGCAGCAAAGCGGCGGCGGUUGGUGUUUGAGCUGGGAGCGGCGCCGGUCCCCGCAGCGUCGACAGGGGUACAGCAGCAGCAGCUGCACCAGCAGCAGCAGCAGCAGCAGCAGCAGCAGCAGCAGAAGCAGCAGCAGCAGCUGCAGCAGCAGCAGCAGCUGCAGCAGCAGCAGCAGCUGCAGCAGCAGCUGCAGCAGCAGCAGCUGCAGCAGCAGCUGCAGCAGCAGCAGCAACAGCAGCAGCAGCAGCAGCAGCAGCAACAGCAACAGCAGCAGCAGGAACAGCAGCAGCAGAGCGAUUAUGCUGCCAUUCGGUUGAGCAGCGGCUCAGAGCACAGCGAAGCCGUUGCAGGAGCAGCGCAGCAGCAGCAGCAGCAGCAGCAGCAGCAGCAGCAGCAGCAGCAGCAGCAGCAGCAGCAACAACAGCAGCAGCAUCUUCAUCAUCGGCAGCAGCAGCAGCAGCAGCAGGAACAGCAGCAGCAGCAGCACGGCGCCGCGGCGGCGUUCGACGCGGCCAGCGGCGCCUGCCUCUGGCGGGCGUCGCUGCCAGGGCGUGCUGACGCCGGCCUGGCGGCCGAGCCGCGCCUGCAGGAGGUCGCCGUUGCCUGCAGCGGCGGGCGGCUCUGCUGCCUGGACCUGGCCUCAGGGGCGCUGCUGCGGGAGGUCGGCUGCGGCGGCGAGCUGCGCGCCGCGCCCGCGGUCGACCCGUGGCCUGGGGUCGGGUGGUGGUGGAUCGGCACGCAUGGGCGGGAGCUGCUGGCGGUGCAGCCUGGGGAGCAAGGAGUUGUGCUGAGCCGCUCCGCCUUCGUCGCGCUGCUGGACGGCUCGGUGGCGGCGGUACAGCUGGCCAGCACGAUGCCUGUCGGCAGCAGCGCCACUUUUGAGCUUCGGCAAUUGUGGAGCAGCCCGGGGCCUGCGCCGGUCUUCAGCGCUCCGGGCGUCGCUCGAGGCCAAGGCGGUGGCGACGGCAGCGCGGUUGCGAUGGGCCUUGGCACCCGGGAAGCUGUCGGGCAGCUGCUGGUGUGCGGCCACGUGGACGGCUGCGUCAGGGGCCUGCGGACCGCCAACGGCUCGGAGGCCUGGCGUGUCCAGCUGGCAGGGCAGCUGUUUGCUGACCUGGCGGUGGAGCCUGCAGGGCUUCCGCCCGGCUACGUUCUGGCGGCGACGCAUGCGGGCAAGGUUUACUGCCUGGCUGCAGUUGAUGGCGCGGAGCUGUGGUGCGCUAGCGUCGGGGCAGGCCCCAUCUCCGCGGCCCCGUCUGUGGCACCAGACGGGGCCGUCAUUGUCUGCUGCAGUGGCGGGACGCUCGUGGCGCUGCAUGGCGACAAGCAACCUUGGCGGCAGCAGCAUGAGCAGCAGCUGGAGCAGCAGCUGGAGCAGCAGCUGGAACAGCAGCUGGAGCAGCAGCUGGAGCAGCGGCAGCAGCAGCAGCAGCAGCAGCAGCAGCAGCAGCAGCAGCAGCAGCAGCAGCCACCGGGGGCGGACCUUAGCAGCAGCGGCCGAUUUGGCAACCGCAGCGACACCAGUGAUCGCAGGUCACAGCUGGUCGCGUGCGCACAGCUGCCCGCAGACCUGUUUUCAUCACCUGUGGCGGUGCCGGCGCCCUGCCACCCUCGGCCAGGCGUGCCCAGAGUCGCCGGGACGCUCAUUGUAUUCGGCUGCAGGGACGACCACUUGUACUGCGUGCGGCUGCGUGGGUAG